AUGGCCGAACCAAUCCUACUCGAAUAUGAACCCCUCUCUCACAGACAAGAGGCAACCAAGAUUGUCCGUAAAAUACCUAAUGCCACAAAGACAUAUGUUGCUGGAUUAUUUCCAAUUGUACAGUGGAUUCAUCGUUAUAACCUCACCUGGCUAGUCUCGGAUCUUAUUGCAGGCAUUACAGUUGGCAUCGUUGUUGUUCCCCAAGGCAUGGGAUACGCAAAAAUUGCCAAUUUACCACCUCAAUAUGGUUUAUACUCCUCAUUUGUUGGUCUUUGCAUAUACUGUUUCUUUGGUACCUCCAAAGAUAUCAGUAUUGGACCAACCGCUGUCAUGUCUCUCUUGGUAGGCCAGGCAGUUGCCCAUGUUACCGAAGUUAGUGACUAUACUGGUCCUCAGGUUGCUGUCACUCUUGCCCUUAUAUCUGGUGUAAUUUCAAUCUUCAUUGGUCUUGUACGUCUUGGCAUCUUGGUAGAUUUUAUUCCAGGCCCUGCUAUUGCCGGUUUUAUGACAGGCUCUGCCAUUACUAUCACCAUUGGCCAAUGGCCAAAUUUAUUCGGUCUUCAAGGUGUCGAUACCCACGAUGCAGCUUACCUGAUUUUUGGAAACUUCUUUAAACGCCUACCUACCACACACUACGACGCAAUAUUCGGAUUACUCGGCCUUAUUUGGCUCUACUCUGUCCGCUGGGGUACUGGAUACCUCACCAAAAAAUACCCCAAAUACUCUAGACACCUCUUCUUCUUCAACAUCAUGCGCAACGGUAUCCUGGUCAUCGUUGGCACCCUGAUUGCUUAUCUCAUCCAGAUCGGAAAGGCCUCAAGCCCUGUCAGUAUCCUCAAGACAGUACCCUCUGGUUUCCAAGCCAUGGGCGUUCCUGUGGUCGACACCACCUUACUUGGAAUGGUAUCUGGCACUCUGCCUUCUGUAGUUAUCAUUUUGAUUCUCGAACAUGUGGCAAUUGCAAAAUCAUUUGGUCGUAUCAACAACUACAAAAUCAAAGCCGAUCAAGAAAUCAUUGCCAUUGGUGUUGCUAAUGUCAUUGGAAGCUUCUUUGGUGCUUACCCAAAUACGGGUUCAUUUUCUCGUACAGCCAUCAAGGCUCGUAGUGGUGUCCGCACCCCCCUUGCAGGCGUGUUCUCUGGCCUGGUUGUCCUUCUAUCUCUUUAUGCCCUGACACCUGCGUUUUACUAUAUCCCCAACGCCAUUUUAUCCGCAGUAAUUAUUCAUGCAGUGGCUGAUCUUGCCUCUGGUCCCAAGUUCUGGAAACAGCUCUGGCUUAUUAGCCCCUUUGAGUUCUUUACCUUUGUGGCCGCCAUCUUGAUUACAUUCUUCACUAGUGUGGAGUAUGGUAUCUAUGUAUCUGUUGGCCUCUCGAUCGUCUCGCUGCUCCUCCGUAUUGCUCGACCUCGUUGCGCUGUUCUUGGCCGUGUUCCUAAGAAAACCCAAGGCGGAACUUCUGGCUUUGAAGAAGACGUGCACUACAUCUACGUCAAGAAGAACCACCCGUCUCUGCACCACCUUGUCGAGGAUGCUCCUCAGGGAGUUGUCAUCUUCCGGUUCGAUGAAUCCCUCACUUAUCCAAAUGCCAGUUUCAUUUCCGAUAAGGUCAUGCACCACAUCCAGGACAACUUCUCGUCUGCUGUUCCUAUAUCUACCAAGAAGGGUGACCGUGCUUGGAACGACCACCGCCCCUUGCCAAAGAAAGGAGAAGUUCUGGAGACUGUCCAAGACAACGGACCUCGGCUGUACGCUAUUGUGCUGGACUGCUCUGCCGUCAACCAUCUGGACUCUACUGGAGUACAGACCCUUCUGGAUCUUCGUCUGGCUAUCGAUCGCCUGACAGAACGUGAGGUGGAAUGGCAUUUUGCUAGUCUGGCUAGCCCUGCUAUCCGAAACACUCUGAUCACCAGUGGAUUCGGCACUCAGGCUGGUCGUGGACCACGUACAGGAGAGCUUUUGCCUGUAGUACCAGCACACCGUGACGGACCUCAAACCACGAUUGAUCACACAUCUACUGAGCAGGACAUUGGACAUAUCCAUAUUGAUAUGGAUGAGAAGAAGUCCAUGAGAGAUAGAGAUAUAGAAAGAAACAUGGGUUCCUCAGAAAAGCCGUAUGACUCUGAAUCUGAGUGUUCUCUUUAUGAGAAUGUCAGUGACAAACUAUCUUACUGCCCUCGAGCCAGCCGUGGUCUUCCUAUUGACCGCUAUCCUUUCUUCCAUUGGGAUCUCGAAGAUGCCGUCAGAGCUGCUUCUUACACAGCUUCCCGUGCUAUUCGUAACAACCUUCCUUAA